AUGAUAGAAGCCGACACUGGGAACCAGGACGAUAUCGCAAACGACACAUCGAUCACGUCGCUCGUGAAAAAUGUGGUCUACCUAUACAUCUCGGAUUGCAAGGUCCGGCCGGAUCCGUUCGUGCCGGAGCUCGCGCCCAAAAGGGAAGGCUCUGGCGCUGCCGUGUUCUCGCACUUGCGGCUCAGCGGAGUCGACGUCACCGACCUGGUCAACUUCUCGCUGGAAAGGGUCCCAGGAGCUAAACGGAAGGCGCUGGUAGAACUCAGAAAGGUGCUCGCAGAAGCCGACAAUGAGGGUAUCAUGGUCCUGGUCAAAAGCGUAUGCGCAAUUAUCGGCUACCAACAGCUCCUUACGCCCGAAGCGCGGAAGAGCUUCAACGAUGAGCAUCUACAAGAGUGGAUAAAAUCCCACGAUGCAGAGGCCUUCAUGGACAAAAACUACGAAAGCGUGUACUUGCGAUGGAAGAACUUCCUCAAGAGGCAAACGCCGCUUGGAACCAACUUGUGCGACUACUUCUGCGGUGACUUUUUGAAGUCGGUACUCAUCAUUAACGCGGACAGGGUUAGGUCCGAACUAGAAAAAACCGUUUUCAAAAACCAUCCUGAUAUGAUCAUCACGCUCCUCUGCAAAGAAUGCGGACUCACGGACGAACAGGCAAAAACGAUCGGCACCAUGAGCAGCGCCGAUGGGUACCAGCUGCAGUCCCUCCUACCGUCCGAAACGGGGUUGGGAUUUUUGCACAGAGAUGCUGGAGGAGCUAAGGAGGAGGACUUGGGUAUCAUCUCUUUCGACUGCAUCACUAACGACAGAGAGCCCGGGCACCUCAUCAAGUUGGUCACCGUCAAAAACAUUUUUUCCAGACAGCUGCCCAAAAUGCCCAGGGAGUACAUCGUCAGGCUCGUGUUUGACAGGAACCACUACACAUUCUGCCUCCUGAAAAAGGGGGAAGUUAUCGGCGGAAUAUGCUUCAGGCCGUACUUCGAACAGAGGUUCGCAGAAAUCGCAUUCCUGGCCGUGAAGUCCACUGAGCAGGUGAAGGGGUACGGCACCCGCAUCAUGAACCACCUCAAGGAGCACGUUAAAAAAUCGAACAUAGAGUACUUCCUCACCUAUGCGGACAACUUCGCUAUCGGCUACUUCAGGAAGCAGGGCUUCUCCCAAAAAAUAUCCAUGCCCAAAGAGCGCUGGUUCGGAUACAUCAAGGACUACGACGGAGGCACGCUCAUGGAGUGUUACAUAUCGCCAAACAUCAACUACCUAAGACUGAGUGAUAUGCUGGGGAAACAGAAAGCUAUUAUAUCGCAGUGCAUCGAAGCAAUCAAACCUCUCAAGGUCUACGAUGGACUUCAAUUCUUCAAGGACAACCCGGGGAAGACGCUCAGCCCCAAGGACAUUCCGGGGUUGAUAGAGGCCGGUUGGACGGAUGAACCGAUUGGCGCGGCCAACAAACACGGAUCCGACAACUUCGCAUAUGCUGACGAUCCGGAAGGCGGUAGGAGGAGCCUAAAGUCCUGCAUACUGGACCUCUUGAACAACCUGGAGAAACAGCAAAGCUCCUGGCCAUUCAGGAAGCCAGUCAAGCAGUCGGAAGCGCCGGACUACUAUGACAUCAUCAAGAACCCGACGGACAUCUCAACCAUGAAGAAGAAGGCCAAAAACGGCGAAUACAAGACUAAGGUACAAUUCGGGGAGGAACUCAAGCGCAUGUUCGACAACUGCAGAAGGUACAACACACCACACACCAUAUACUACAAGUACGCCAACGAGCUGCAGGCGUUCAUAUGGCCGCAAUACGAGAGCAUUCAGGAGUGA